AUGGCCACACCAAGCGCCUCCUAUGAGCAAAUUGCGAUGUUGGUCAAAUCGAUGACGAAUUUCUCGGCGACUCGCUUGGAGACGGCUCGGGAGGAGGAGCAAGCCCGUUUAGCCGAUCAAAAGCUAGCCGAGCUCGCGAAACAAAUGGCAAAUGAGGGACGGAUUAAAGAGCUUCAUGACGCUUUCAUCGCCGCUCGCAACUCGCUCGACGCACUGCCGACUGCUCGGGCUAGCAAAAUUGUUCGCACACUCGUCGACGCUUGUCUCAACGCGAAAGGCCAAUCUUUCAAUGAAAAGGAAGCGCUUUGUGUGGAGAGCAUUGAAUGGGCAAAAGGCGCAUCUCUCCUGUAUCUCUCGCGUUCACUGCGCUCUCGUCUCGUCCGCCUCUACAAUGAUAUCGGCAAGAAUGUGGAGGCCAGCAAAAUUGCUGUUGAAUUGGCGAAAGAAUUGCGCAAAGUCGACGACAAGGAGCUUAGCAUUGAGGUGGCUUUGGAGGAAAGUCGCGCUGCGUUUAUGCUCAACAAUUUCAGCAAGGCAAAAACGGCUCUCGCUACUGCCCGCACCGCUUCACAUGGCUUUUACACAUCCGCCACAAUGCAAGCACAAUUAGACCUUCACUCGGGCAUCUUGUACGCGACCGAAGACAAAGACUAUAAGACGGCCUACUCUUACUUUUUCGAGGCUUUUGAGGGAUUCGUGCAGAUCGGUGACAAAGAGCGUGCCACUCAGGCUCUCAAAUACAUGUGCUUGGUGAAAGUGAUGCUCAACGAGUCCGACCAGAUUCGCUCGCUUCUUGACUCGGAAGCUUGUCAGCCUUACGUCAAAGAGAAGCACAUUUUGGCAAUGCGUGAAUUAGCCGUGGCUUUCAAGGAGCGCUCGCUGGCUCGCUUCCAAAAGUGUCUCGAAACAUAUCCAUCCGAGCUGAACGACGAUCAUGUGGUGAAAGGACACUCGUCGAAAUUGCACGAGACCAUGCUUGAAAAGGAAAUCUCGCGAAUUGUCGAGCCUUACGCCGCCAUCGACAUCAAGCAUAUUUGCGAAAAAGUGAAUUUGCCCUUGGAUCGAAUCGAGAAAAAGCUGGGGAUGAUGAUUUUGGAUCAAACGCUUCGAGGAGUUAUCAAUCAGCAAGCCGGUUGUCUCUCGAUCAUGUCACCUCCACCAAGCGAGGACGUCUAUUUGAAGGCCAGCGAUCUCGUUCGGGCUCUUGGAAAGGUUAUUGAUGCUUGUCAACAGAGCUCGACGAUGCUUUUUAAA